AUGAGUGUAAAUGAUUUUUCUAAAGACUAUACUCAAUUGAUAAGUUUAAAUAUGUCUGGUGAUAGCUACAAAGGUCCCCUCGUAUCAGAUCCGAAAUACAAAAAGAAAUUCGAUGAACUUAAAAAUAAUUAUUGUUUAACACAGCAAUUCGAUUUGAUUGAAAUGCUAAUUCAUAAUGAAAGUGUAUCAAGAUUUGAUUGGUUUCAACAAAUUCAAUCACAAUCUUCAACUUUCUUCUUAUUUAUCACAUAUGACUACAAAGUUAAAAACAAAGAAGAUUAUAAACCAAUAGCCGCUAGAAUAUUCAAUAUUUUUAACAACUUGCUACAGAAAUACCCAAGAAUUACUCAAUCAUCUCCUUAUUAUGAAAAAUUAUCCGCAUUAUUACAAAAAUAUUUCGUUUUUGGCGUUAUUUAUUACUCAACUACAGAUCCUCUUGGAUAUGGAUUAAGUUCUGCCAUAAGUUACAAAGCUUCUUUGCUUAAAAAUGAUUUAGUUUUGAAAUACUUUGAUGCUUUCAUGGAAUCUGGUUCCCAUUUACUUAACGAAAAUGUAGCUAACAUAGAAAAAGUAUAUACUAAGUUAAAAUUGUUGUUUUCUGAGAAGAAAAAAGAAAAGAAAAUUCAACAUCAAUCACAGUUCAUAGAAGAUAAGAAAGAACCACCUGUUAGGACUGAAACACCAACAUUCAAGGAAAAGAUUCCAAAUAAUGAAGGAAGAGAAACAAAUGAAAUGAAGGUAAAUAAGUCAAAUUAUCUGGAAACAAUAAACAUUAUUAAUGAUUUUUGUUUCUAUGCUGAUAAGAAUAGCCAAGAAAAUGAUUUAUAUGCUUCAGAUUCAAAAUCAAAAAUAUAUUCGAAAUUAUGA